UUACCGAAUUGGCAAGAACAUUAAUUAAAUCCCAUUAAAUUCGUUAUUCACAAUCCUCUCUCUCUAAAAUAUAGCCCUUCCUUCUUCCUUCUUUCUUCCCCUCACCAAACAAACAAGAUGCCUCCAAAAAUCCAGAGAAACUGAAACAGAAGAGAAAACAAUGAAAAACUCUCACACAACCACACUACUCUCUUCCUCUUAGAUCUCCCAAAAAAACCCCUAGCUUUCCUUCUUAUUUUUCCCUCUCAUUCAUAUAGAUUCUCUUCUUUGUUGUCUCAACAAUUUCUCCAACGCUUCGUUCCUCUUUUGCUAAUUCCACGAAGAAAUAGAAUCGCUCCUUAUCCGUUCUUCAUUUUCUGUAAUUCUUAAUUGUUACUUGGUGAUUCAGACCCGGUUGAGAACUGAUUCGGCCGGCAUUUCCGAUUUCGCGGUGGUUUUGUAGUGAAAUGCUGAAGUGAAUAUAUACAUAGAGAGAGAGAGAGAAGAGAGAGAAUGGACGAUAGAGGAGGAUCAUUUGUGGCUGGGGGGAGGAUUUUUUAAGGUUUCGAGCGAGGAAAUAAUACUUGCCAUUCAAGUUCUGGUUUUGAGUAACAACAAAAUUCUUCACGCUACCUUCAUGUUUCCUGAUAUUCAAAUUUGUUGUGCUGAGGUUGUGGCAGGAUCAGCAGCCUGGCUUGGCCGUGGUCUUUCCUGUGUUUGUGCACAGAGAAGAGAGAGUGAUGCUCGUCCAUCAUUUGAUUUAACCCCUCCACAGGAGGAAUGCUUGCAGAGGUUGCAAAGUCGUAUAGAUGUCGCCUAUGAUAGUUCAGUUCCUGAGCACCAGGAAGCUUUGAAAGCCUUAUGGAAUGCUGCCUUUCCUGAAGAAGAACUUCAUGGCUUGAUAUCUGAGCAGUGGAAGGAAAUGGGUUGGCAAGGAAAGGAUCCUUCAACAGACUUUAGGGGUGGUGGUUUUAUAUCAUUGGAGAAUUUGUUGUUCUUUGCUAGGAAUUUUCCGACGUCCUUCCAGGAUCUUCUUCAAAAGCGAGAAGGUGAUCGAUCAGUAUGGGAAUACCCAUUUGCUGUAGCUGGUGUGAACAUCACUUUUAUGCUCAUUCAGAUGCUUGAUCUUGAAGCAGUCAAACCACGCACGCUGGUGGGGGCAACUUUCUUGAAGUUUCUAGCAGAGGAUGACUCAGCAUUUGACCGUCUCUAUUGCAUAACAUUCAAGCUAAUGGAUCAUGAAUGGCUUGACAUGCACGCUUCAUAUAUGGACUUCAAUGCGGUAAUGAAAUCCACACGCCGCCAACUAGAGAGAGAGCUCCUGUCUGAAGACAUAACACGGCUAGAAGAAUUGCCCUCUUACGCCCUUCUUACACGAUAGUAUAGCAGUUGGAGAGUUAAGCUUUCAUGUAACAGAAAAACCUCUGCCAGCAUUUGGCACGUUUGGGUUCCUGCCACUUUCUUCUCCUUGUUCCUUUUAGUUGAAUGGUGUUUUGUACAUGAUAUGUUGCUUCUAAUUAAAACUUUAGUCGAAGCUAUGUUAGUGAAUUCCCCCAUUUAAUCUCCAUAAAAAGGGUUUGUUGAGUUUGUCAAGUAUCUUGUAGCGGAAAAGGGGAAGAAGAAACUUCUUGAGUUUUAUAUAAGGAUGGAUACAAGUGUGGUUGCGUUUAGGUUCCAAA